CAGUCGGCGGCGGCCACGGACGAUGCCGCAGCGGGCAGCCAGGGGCAGAGCGCCGCGCCGGGGGUGUGGGAGGCCGAAGAAAGCGCCCGUCAAGAAGCGCCUCAAGCCGGGCGAGAAGAAGAAGAAGAAGCAGAAGCAGAAGCAGCGGCGCAAGGGCGGCCAGCUCAACUACGGCAUCUACAUCUACAAGGUGCUGAGGCAGGUCCACCCCAACGUGCGCAUCGCCUCGUCGGCCAUGAGUGUGAUCAACUCCUUCGUGCACGACGUCUUCGAGCGCAUCGCCUCCGAGGCGGCCAACCUGAUCCGCACCAGCAAGAGGAAGACCAUGUCGUCCCGGGAGAUCCAGACGGCCGUGCGCCUCCUGCUGCCCGGGGAACUGGCCAAGCACGCCGUGUCCGAGGGGACCAAAGCGGUCAGCAAAUACACCAGCUGCAAAUAGCAACGCGAAACUCCAGUACUCUCCCCUCCUUCUCUCUCAAUCCACACAACUCCGACCCAAAGGCUCUUUUCAGAGCCAUUUACCAUCACAAUAACCAAAGGACUAGCAGCCCCCUUGUCUUUCAUUUUUCAAAGUUACUCGAUGAUAGGAUUUAAUGAAACGAAACUCAACUGUACCGGUGUCAAGACACGGAGCAGACAGUGUAUUAAUUCAGAAUUUAUGGAUCUUUGCAAUAAAAUAUAAUUUGAGUUUUAAACUUGUCUGCAUUACUGAUUAGAACAAAGGUCUAUCAUGGUAUAUGGACUCUUAUCAUGGUAUAUGGACACUCAUGGUAUAUGGACACUAUCAUGGUAUAUGGACACUAUCAUGGUAUAUGGACACUAUCAUGCUAUAUGGACUCUAUCAUGGUAUAUGGACACUAUCAUGGUAUAUGGACACAUUUAUCUGUUUUAUAGUAAAUGCCUACUAUUUUCUGUGUGCUUAAGCAAAGCAAGAAUUUCAUUGUCCUAUACAGGGAAACAUGACAAUAAACUAACUUGGCGUCUGAUAC